AUGGGGCAUUCAGACAUAAGGUGUUCAUACAAGCGAAUUCAAGUUGUCGGACAAGGAGCUUUUGGAUGCUGCUGGCUGGUGCAGGGGGGACGCGGGGAGCAGUAUAUCCUGAGACAAAUUGACGUGUCUAAGAUGUCGGAGAAAUUGAAGCAGGAGGCUGCCAACGAAGUGAGAGUCCUCAGCCGAUUGCGCCAUCCGUUCAUCAUCAACUACCGAGAGUGCUUCGUGGAAGAUGGUUUGCUUUGCGUGGUCACAGACUUCGCUGAAAGCGGCGAUUUGUUCCGAAGCAUUGAGAAACAACGAGCGAAGCAAGAUCUAUUUUCCGAAGAAUUGGUUCUACGCUGGUUUACCCAGAUUGCAUUAGCUUUGAAGCACAUUCACGAUCGGCACAUCCUGCAUCGUGACUUGAAGACCCAGAAUAUCUUCUUGGCAGGUCCAGGUGAAGGCAUCGUCAAAGUGGGUGACUUUGGCAUUGCUCGCGUGUUGCAGCAUACUCAAGAUCUUGCGAAGACGGCUAUCGGAACUCCGUUUUAUCUUUCGCCCGAAAUCUGUCAAGAGAAGCCGUACAGCUAUCAGUCAGACAUCUGGUCUUUGGGCUGCAUCCUCUACGAGCUGGCAACGCUUCGUCAUGCUUUUGAUGCAGACUCGAUGCGUGGCCUCGUUUUCAAGAUACUCCGUGGUAUUCCAUCUGAAGUGGCAUCAACUUUUUCGGUCGAGUUCAGGCACAUGAUUCCAAAAAUGUUGCAGAAGGAUCCGCAUCAUCGCCCAUCAGUCGAUGCGAUUCUGAAGAUGACCUUGGUGCGCCGUACGAUUCGUCACCUGCUUGCCGAUUUGGAGUCGCAGCAAGGGCUGCCGGCUGCGCUUCCGCAUGCGAAGGUUUUUUCGGAGGCCAGACGCCGACAUCCCCUGCCGUCAUCCGAAACAAAUGUGCGGCACGACAGUCCCAAGACGAGAGCAGCAGCGUCAGCGUCUCCAAGCGGCCGGCAGCAACUACAUGAUGCAGCUCACGAUGGGAAGAACUCCGCAGGCAGGGCGCCGAGCUGCCCAAGUCGGACAGACCACAAGAUGUGCGAUUCGUUUGACACAGUCCAGCAGCACAUGAGCUUGCAGGGCAAAAUGUAUCGUGAAGGUCGCGAGACAGGACAUCCAUCCACAGUGACGGCAGCUGUGGAAGAGCAGUUAGUGCAUGUCAGCAAGGACGACUCCUUGGCUUACCGCAUCGAGGCUUUACGAUGUUUCCUGGAGAAAGAAAUGGGCCUUGCGGGUUUCAGUGCGGCGCGCAAGCAGAUGUCCGAAGGUUCGACAGGGGGAGAUGGCAUCGAUGGUGUUAUCGCGACUCCAAUGACCGAGGCCAAUCCAUUGCAGAGUGACUGCAGCGAUCCUGCCUUGCCAACACAGGCCGAAAAAUACUUGCCGCUGGUCAAGAAGCUCGUUCUGUUUGAGCAGGAAUGCUACGGACUGGGAGGCAGAAGGUCAGCUGCUUCAAGGAGAUGCUGGUGA